AUGUUGUCAGCAGCAGCAGCGGCGAAUUCAGCCGCCGGUGGCGAUUCAUCGAUGCCGGGCAAUUACGAACCAUUUCUAGGAGGACCACCACGUAGCAGGCCACUAUCAAAUCCUGCCAUGCAUCCUAGGAAAACACCCAUACCACAGUUAAAUGUCCCUCGACCGACCGCUGUACCACCGAUAAGUGGUUUACCAACACGAGCACCAUUUGCACGUCUUCCUCCAGCGCCCGAACUGCGAAUGAGAGGUCCACGUGUUAGACCACUCGAUCGUCCUAUCAGAGUUCGGCGACAUCGACGCCGACCAUUAACACCAGAGAUUGUGGUGGAACGUCGAUCUCACCAUCAUUCGUCUUGUGGCCGACGCCGUGUGAUUACAGUUCCACUCGAUUGUCGUCCAACACUCGGCUUACGUGGGCCACCAAGUCGAGUACUAGAAAUUGAACGUGUUCGAUGUUUUCGUUCUCGCAGAUGUCGUUCGCCCUGUUACGACUACGAGUAUGAUGAUCAUGAUUAUUCAGCUCCAUCUCUUCCAUCACCAGUGCAACAGCCACCUCCUCAGCCACAGCCAAUAACAUUUAUUGCUAAUCCAAUUCCAAAUCCUUGUUUAUCAUUUUCCAAUCACACGAACGUUGCAGCUACGUCAGCACUACUUAGUAAUCUAACCCCAGAAAUACUUCAAAGUUUACCGAAGCAAACAGUGCGCUUGAAUCCUAUACAUCUUCCAGGUAGCCGCGCUGAUGCCAAUACCGAGCUUCACACAGUCAGAUUCCCCACAGAAAUAAUUAAUCCAAUCACCGGAGCUCUUUCUAUCAUUCAAGCAAAUCCUUCCGCGAAUGUUGUCGGUAUUGCAAGUAUUCCUAAUAACGUUACAGCUACAAUAAUUAAUAGUGCACCAGUGGUACCUGCCAGACCGCCAUUAUUGUCGUCAACGACUGCCAAUCCUACCAUGGAACGAUUUCGUGAACUCUUUCAACGUUUGAGUCUUCCGAGAACACAACCAAUGGGACCAACAGCAGUACCGAGAAUAUCUGGAUUCAAUCCAACAAACAACACAGUGCCUAAUUCACCGACUAAUCUACCACCGGUCAAUUCAUUAAAUGAAAAUCGCAAUCCAUCUAUCGGCAAUCGCCUUGUAAAUUCCGCAAGUAAUGAGUCGUAUCGAGCACCAAGUAUUUCACCUUAUCGUACGACAACUUUUACACCGUCGAGAUCCGUAAACAACACGUCGUAUCGUCCAAUAAAUAGCACACUCCCUGAUUCAUCCAAUGUUGGCCCGUAUCGUCCAGCAAAUAUCACACCUUACAAUCGAACAAGCACAAACCAAUAUUUGAGUGCCAGUCGGCCGGGACAGUCAUCUUUUACAUCAGGAGCAACUCCAUAUGCUUCUACUGCUUCCAUAACACCCACCAACUCGUUCACAUCUCCUCCUGAUCCAACUAAAAAUGAUUCGAAUUAUCAAGAUCUACACUCAUCUUCACCGUCAUUACCCGUAAGUUCGUUUCAACCCACUCAUUCGAUGCCAAAAUCAAUUCUUCGCAACGGCCCAUCAGCCAAUCUUUCGAGCACUAACAACACACGUUCAAGCUCACCUAACACUUUCCCUGCGAACGAGACUCUUCAGAAAACAACACGAUUUGCGUAG